CACACGCGCCGAAGCCUGCGUCCAUCUCCCGAGCGCCUCGAUAUAACCGACGGCCUACCCCGCUGUGUCCGAAGGCAGAAAGACCUACGGCUCGACCAGGCGCCGUAGAAGCGUUCCUCUCGGCAAUCGAGUUGGAAGAGAUCCGGUGGGAGACACGAGAAAAAAAAAUAGAAAGCGAGCAUCGACGAUGCGGCGCGGUGCGAUGAUCCUGCGACCCACCGCGGCGCUGCUGAUGUGCUCCGUGCAUCUCCUCAUCCUGCUUCCGCUCGGCGCGACGGCGGUGAGGUUGAGCCUGCCGUCGUCGGGGACCAAGUGCGUGACGGAGGAGAUUCAGCCCAACGUCGUCGUGCUCGCCAAAUACCUCCUCGUGCCCAAGGACCACACCCGAAUCCCCACUCUCGCCGUUAAGGUGACAUCACCAUAUGGAAACACUCUUCAUCACCAAGAAAAUGCUACCAUAGGUCAGUUUGCAUUCACAACCACUGAGGCUGGCAACUAUGUAGCAUGUUUCUCGAUAGAUAGCAGCGAUGAAGGUGCAGGUGCAGGUGUUAACCUUGACUGGAGGAUUGGCAUUGCAGCAAAGGACUGGGAUUCAGUUGCUAAGAAAGAAAAAAUUGAGGGUGUCGAGCUCGAGCUAAGGAAAUUAGAAGAUACUGUGGAGUCAAUCCAUCAGAACCUGUUAUAUAUUAGGACCAGGGAAACAGAAAUGAGGGAAGUGAGUGAGAGAACAUAUGAUAGGGUUGCAUGGCUCAGUAUUAUGUCCCUCAGUGUUUGCAUCAUUGCCUCUGCUUUGCAGUUGGGGCAUCUGAAGAGGUUCUUCCAAAAGAAGAAACUUAUUUAGAUCAGCACCUGAUAGACGUAUUCUACUGUGCAAUAUUACUUUCAGAAAUAAGAGGGAUCCAGAAGAAAGUUGUCAAAGUUUAUAUUACAAGUUUAUCAAUUAUCAUACACAGGAGGGUAAUAUCAUUUUGCAUCUUUUUUUUUUUGAGACAUGUUAAGCAUCAUUUUUAGUGGCAUAAUUUGAUGAAUAGUUUAUAAAACCUUUUUUGCUGAAAUUUUGGGUUUU